AUGUCGUCGCCGUCGCCUGUCCGCGUUUCAAACACGCCCAAGCGUUUUCCUUUCUUUGACCUCCCGGGUGAGAUCAGAAACAAGAUAUACGACCUUAUGGUUCCAAAGAGUCGAGUUGUCAUCACAGGCAGUCAUCCUCAAAAGGAACUGGCGAAGCUGAAGUCCCAAGAGCCGUGGAAGAAACACAAGCUGCCACGGUAUCGACUGUCCGAGACGUUCACAGGAGACGCCACCGGGCUCGCUCUCCUCUUCACUUGUCGCCAGAUGAACCGGGAGGCCGUCGAAUUCAUCUACUCCAGAAUCACCUUCUGUUUCGAUAGAAUCGUCACCGUCAACAAAUUCCUCAACGUGAUUCCAACAGCUGGGGCAAGGAGCAUUGAAGACUUGGAGAUUGCUCACAAUGGAUAUGGAGAACCGCAAUGGAUGGUCGAUCGGGAGUGGAAAUUCAGAUACGAUGCGAAAUGGAGAAUGCUACUGGUCCGAAUCAAGCAGGAAGUUCCCAGUCUUCAGAGGCUGAGCGUGAACCUGACCGUUUUUGACUGGCCAUGUCGACUCGAGACGACUGAAAGAUGGGCUCGGCCUCUUCUGGACCUAGCAGGAGAUGGACUUGACCUGGCCAAUGUGAAGCUGCUCCAUGACCGAUUUCAUCCUGAGAAAACGGAAGCGGCAGCAAGAGAGCUGGAGAAUAGAAUGAUGACCCCGGAGGGCAGGAAGAAAAAGGUGCUCGAAAACAAGAGACAAGAAGAACUUGAAAGGAAGAGAAAGCAAGAGGCACGGAAGAAGGCCCAGGUGCUGGCCAUCAAAAUCCCAUUGCAGAACAAGACCAAGACCAAUAUGUCCGUCAAGAAGGUGGUGAAGAGCAAAGGAUUGCAGCAGUACUCAUGGGUGCAACCUUCUGUGGCAUAUUGCUAG